AUGGCACAACCAGUUGGGACAAUCCUUUUUGCUCCACAACCCGUUGUGGGGCUUCAAUAUUGUUGCCCUUACCCUGUGGACGUGGCCAUUCUGAAGAAGGUGAUGCACUUAAGCGAUGGCAACUUCGUGGUCACCGACAACAACGGCAACCUCAUCUUCAAAGUGAAGGGAGCUUUGCUCACCCUCCAUGACCGUAGGGUCUUGAUUGAUGCCUCCGGGAACCCCGUUCUCACCCUUAGGCAUAAGAUAAUGACUGCUCAUAGCCGGUGGCAAGCCUUCAGGGGGGAGAGCUCGGACAUGAGAGACCUCAUCUUCACAGCCAAAACGAGUGCGGUGAUCCAACUCAAGACCAAGUUAGAAGUGUUUCUAGCAAAUAACAGGAACGAGCAGGUCGGCGACUUCAAGGUCAAAGGUAGCUGGUUCGAUCGGUCUUGUGUCAUCUACGCUGGAGAAUCCUCUAAUAUUGUCGCGCAGAUGCAUGAGAAGACGAGCAUUCAAAGCGUGCAGCUGGGGAAGGACCAGUUCAUGGUCAUGGUCUAUCCGAACAUCGACUAUGCAUUCAUCGUCGCGCUUAUCGUGAUCCUGGACGAAAUAAACGGCGGAGACUGA